AAUCAAAUCGCAGCUAAAAAGUAUCUUAGGUUGACCCAGAGCCUGCUACAGGAAUAAACCUAUCAUCUUAUUAAAUGUGUGAAUGCUGCCAUCCUGUGGUGGAUGGUGAUAUCUACAUUGUCUCCCAGAGCCAUGUUUUAUUAAUGCUGCUCUGUGACAGCAAAUAUUAACAUGUUCAUUCCAUAGAGGUUUCAAUUUGGUCACAUACUGUCUUCAUAUUCUUAAAAAAACUGAUCAGUAUCAUUUUUACAGUCCUGCACUGUUACCUGUCCUCUGCAACCUUUGUCAGUGUGUGAAAUCGGUUUAAUUUAGCCAGAAAACAUCAUGUCAAACUAAUCUGAGUAUUAUUAUACCGGUUCCUCUGAAUGGCACACCCUCAUAGCCUCCUGCUGUGGAAGCUACCUCCCACUGUAGUUACCCGCUGACACAAACCCGUUGCUGCAGGACGAGUUGGACGAGGGGGGGGCGGCUGAAAACUGGGAAGGGAGUUGAAACGGCAGCAGCAGGAGCAGCAAGGUGUGUCUGUUUCUCACUGGCGUCAUGACUGAAUCAUUUCAGAAAGCGGUAGAGGAGUCGAAGGUGCUGAAACAAAGGCCGAACAAUGAUGAGUUAAGCGGUUUAUACGGUCUCUAUAAGCAAGCCACAGUGGGAGAUAUUGACAUAGAUCGUCCAGGGAUAUUCAACAUAGCAGGAAGAGCUAAGUGGGAUGCAUGGAAUGUACAGAAAGGAUUAUCCAAAGAAGAAGCGAUGGCUGCCUACAUUAAGUUGGUCGAGGAGCUGAAGGCAAAAUAUGGAAUCGAUUUGUAGAGUUCCUCUAAAUGCACUUUAUUUCUUGCCAGGAGCAUUGUUGU